AUGUCUGCUCCGCAUGGAGCACUGUUACAUGACGCCUCCUGGCAAACCACGCGGAGAAAAGUGCGCAAAGGCACCCACAGUUGCUGGGAAUGCAAGCGUCGGAAGAUGAAGUGUAGAUUCGACCCGCGUGUGGUGAAUGCCUCCUGCAACGGCUGUCGACGACGUGGCUCCACGUGUAUCAGCCAGGAGAUUCCCGAGGACAUCGCAUAUGGCCUCAUGGGCAUUGGCUCUAGUCGCAGUGAUGACACUCCCACGCCCAGCGAGAGGGCAGGCCCUAGUAUUCGCACGCCUCUGUCAACGAACAUAGAGCCGUCGCGAUACCAUAGGUCUUCUGAGCAAUAUCUUACGACCACCCGGAAGGAUAUCUCACAACAUAAAUAUGAGAGCUUGUCUCGGUUCUUGCAUGAAUUACUCCCGUCGCGAGAAGAUAUCGAGAAAAUCUGCAAAGCCACUUGCCACUCUUCCAUUCUCUCCCACGAAUUGUUGACUACGCCAUACUCUACCCUCUACCAGAGCGGGCUCCAAACGCCCGAGAGUUUACUGAUGACCCCGGAACCAAACAUGCACCCUGUUUUGGUCGCGAGGCACAUGCUCCAGCUCGCCGUUUUCCUACAACAUCUUCCCCCAGACCUUCACAAGGGGAUUGAAGGCCUGCUGGAGCCACCCCGAGCUAUCAUGGAACGUUUAGCAAAUGUUGCCAUCUAUCAUGUCACGACCAAUGAGGAACUUAUCGGCAGCAUAGAGAGCCUCGAAUGCAUCAUGCUCGAGAGUUUGUACCAGGUGAACAUUGGGAACCUCCGACGAAGCUGGGUCGCGGGCCGGAGAGCCAUGAGUGUCGCCCAAAUGAUGGGCUUUCAUCGAUCGAAUAACCAGACCCCGUACAAGGCCCUCGACCCCAAGGCGAAGACAAAAUACUGCCCACAGCUCAUGUGGCUCCGUAUUGUUAUUCUUGAUCGCCAUCUCUGCCUCCUCUUAGGUCUGCCCCAAGGCUACACCGACCAGAGUAUGGCUGCCGAUGAGACAGCCCUCGCCAACGACUGUCCCAUGGGCCGUCUUGAGCACCGGCACUGUGUCAUCAUGUCCCGAAUUCUCGAACGUAAUGCAUCCAAGCCUAGCAGCCGAAAUCUCGCUACCACCCGCGCCAUCGACCUGGAGCUGCAGGCAGCCGCAGGUAGCCUCCCGAGCAAGUGGUGGCUGGUUCCCAAACUCGACAUUGCCUCCGCCGACCUGCAAGCCGUGUUCUGGGAUACCCGCCGUCUGGUCCUGCAGAUCUGUCACUACAACCUUCUCAACCAGAUGCAUCUGCCGUAUAUGCUGCGUCGCCCCUCGUCCGCAGAGAGCAAAUUCGACUAUUCGCGGAUCACGUGUGUCAAUGCGUCGCGUGAGGUUCUCUCGCGCUACAUCUCGCUACGCAGCGUCAACCGCAUCGCUUACAGCUGUCGCACUGUCGACUUCAUCGCCCUCAUGGCGGCCAUGGCGCUCCUCCUCGCACAUAUGGAUAGCCAUCGCGACGGGGUAGACAAUCUGCUCGCUAACCAGUAUCUGGGCGAUCGCGGGAUGAUCGAGCAGGUGCAAGAGAACAUGAACGAGAUGAACAGGCUCAAUUCAGAUGAACUAAGCGCGCAAAGUGCGGAUUUGUUGAAGGCGCUGUUGGCGAUUGAUGUGGAGAAAGGCAAUGGGAGGGUGAGUGUCUUGCAGCAGGAUGGGAUAGGCCAGGAGGAAGAGGGCGUGGUGCGUGUGCAUAUUCCGUAUUUUGGAAUCAUUCGGAUUGUACGCGAGAUUCCGACCAGCAGCAGCUCCGAACCCUCCACUGACAACACCCCCAAUCCACCCUCGCAUGCCACCGACACAGCCGCUUCCCAGGAACUUACCGCACCUUUUGCGCCCCUGCAACAAUGCCAGAACACUUUUUGCGACCCAGGCCUUUUUCUGACCCCAUCCCCGCUGGCACAUCCAGAACUCGCCGCAGGCGGCGAGGAGUGGGCGUUUCAGGGAGUCGAUAUGGCGUUUUUCGAGAACAUUAUGAGGAACGUCGGGGGCGAUGGUUGA